GCGGCGGGAGCCGGCGGCUCGGCGCGGCCGGGGGCGCGGGGGACCCAGCGGGCUGGGCGGCCCGGGCGCCGGGCGGAGCCACCCCCGGGGGUGCGCGCGGCGGGUGGAGCCGCGCCGGAGGCAAAUGAAGAUAAAACAAUGUCUACCAACCUAAAAUACCUUUCCUUGGGAAUUUUAGUCUUUCAGACUACCAGUUUGGUUCUAACAAUGCGUUAUUCUAGGACUUUAAAAGAGGAGGGACCUCGUUAUCUAUCUUCUACAGCAGUGGUUGUUGCUGAACUUUUGAAAAUAAUGGCCUGCAUUUUAUUAGUCUACAAAGACAGCAAAUGUAGUCUAAGAGCACUGAAUCGAAUACUACAUGAUGAAAUACUUAAUAAACCUAUGGAAACGCUUAAACUUGCUAUUCCAUCAGGGAUAUAUACUCUUCAGAAUAAUUUACUCUAUGUGGCACUGUCAAAUCUGGAUGCAGCUACGUAUCAGGUUACAUAUCAAUUGAAAAUUCUUACAACAGCAUUAUUUUCUGUGUCUAUGCUUAGUAAAAAAUUAGGUGUGUACCAGUGGCUCUCCCUGGUAAUUUUGAUGACAGGAGUUGCUUUUGUACAGUGGCCCUCAGAUUCUCAAGAGCUUGAUUCUAAGGAACUGUCAGCUGGCUCUCAGUUUGUAGGCCUCAUGGCAGUACUCACAGCAUGUUUUUCAAGUGGUUUUGCUGGGGUUUACUUUGAGAAAAUCUUAAAAGAAACCAAACAAUCAGUGUGGAUAAGAAACAUUCAACUUGGUUUCUUUGGGAGUAUAUUUGGAUUAAUGGGUGUGUACAUUUAUGAUGGAGAAUUGGUGUCCAAGAAUGGAUUUUUUCAGGGAUAUAACCGACUGACUUGGAUAGUUGUUAUUCUUCAGGCACUUGGAGGCCUUGUAAUAGCUGCUGUUAUUAAAUAUGCAGACAAUAUUUUAAAAGGAUUUGCAACCUCUUUAUCCAUAAUAUUAUCAACACUGAUAUCCUAUUUUUGGCUACAAGAUUUUGUGCCAACCAGUGUCUUUUUCCUUGGAGCCAUCCUUGUAAUAACAGCUACUUUCCUAUAUGGUUAUGAUCCCAAACCUACAGGCAAUCCUACUAAAGCAUAGUCGUAUACUAUCUUUAACUGGUUUUUCACAAUGGUGCACUAGGAAUCUCAACAUUAAUCUUGCAUAGAGGACUUCUACAGAUUCUAAGAAGAUAUCAUCAUGCUGAAUCUCAUCAUAUUGUUCAAAUGGUUUGAAAAUAUAAAAGUUUAAGGAUAAAAUAUAUGUAUAUGUUAACGAAAUACCUAUUACAUCUAGAUAUCAAAGCUUGAAAGUAUUUCCAGGGAUUAGAAUAAUUAUUGGAGAAAACUUGAAAUCUGAGUUUAAAAAGAUUUUACCUUUUGAUUGCUGCAGAAAUGUUCUAUGCACUCUUUGCAAGAGCACACAACAAAUAUCAGAUACCAAUUUUUGCAAGUUAGAUCUAUUUAACCUUAUUAAAUUUUUUUAUCUUUUUCUGUACAGAAAUAUCAAAUUACAUGGAAUAUUCAAAGUUUGAAAAUUAUAAUUGCCUAUUAAGCUGUGAAUAGAAGUAUGAUUUGAAUAACAUUUUCAUGUAUCUGAGAUUUUUAUAUUUAUACAAAAGAUUACUAAAGAAAGGAUUGCUAAAUGUUAUUUGUUCAACUACAUAAAAUGAUAAGGUUACGUUCUGGGUCUAAUUUGUGAGAAAAUAAAUUCAUAUUUAAAUUCAAUGUAGGGAAAUACAUCUAUUUCUCCAUCUACAUUUUAAGAUCUUUUAGUGCUUUGAAACUGCUGAAAGCAAUCCAGUUGCUCCUGUGCUAGAUAGUAGCCAGAUUUUGCACUAAUGGAGUUUUGUCUUUAAUCUCUUAAUUGCAUUUCUUUUCUGUAAAUCAGAUAAAUCCUUAAUAUUUCUUUAAAUUAAGCUUCUGUAUGUGGUAAUUUCC